CCCAGCAAAGCCAGCAUGCCCACAUCCAAGCUAUUCGAUACCAUCCAAAUUGGCGACCUGACCCUCGCGCACCGCAUCGUCCUCGCGCCCCUAACCCGGUGCCGCGCGGACGCCCAGUCUGUCAUCCGUGCCGACCUCGCAGCUGAAUACUACAGCCAACGGGGGAGCGCCCCCGGCACGCUGCUCAUCACCGAAGGCACCUUCAUCUCGCCCCAGGCUGGCGGGCGCCCCUUCUCCCCCGGGAUCUGGAACGCCGCGCAGGUGGAUGCAUGGAAGAAGGUGGCAGACGCCGUGCACGCGCGCGGCUCGUACAUAUACAUGCAGCUGUACGCCAUGGAGCGGCAGGCGGACGCAGCCGUGCUCCAGGAACAAGGGCUGCAGGACGCGUUUGCGGGCCCCUCGCCUAUCCCCCUCAAGCACCAGCCCGAGCCCGUUCCCCGCGAGCUGACUGUCGCGGAGAUCAAGGAGUACGUGCAGGCGUUUGCGACGGCUGCCGAUAACGCCGUGCAUAAGGCGGGCUUUGACGGUGUGGAGGUCCAUUGUGCGAAUGGAUACCUGCUCGACCAGUUUUUGCAAGACACCGCGAAUCAGCGUACGGAUGAGUACGGCGGGUCGAUAGAGAACCGGGCACGGUUCUCCCUGGAGGUAAUCAAAGCCGUCACGGACGUCGUGGGAGAGCGAAAAACCGCAGUGAGGAUCAGUCCAUGGAGCACAUAUGGAGAUAUGCGUAUGCAGGACCCGCGCCCGACGUUCGAGUACUUCAUCUCCCGCCUGCGGGAUGAGUAUCCCGACAUCGCCUUCCUGCACAUCAUCGAGCCGGGCAUUGUCGGCGCUGGCACUGCUGAGCCGAUCAGCGAGGACGAGUCGAACGACUUCAUCCGCGAGAUAUGGCAGCCCAGGCCGAUCAUCAGCGCUGGUGAGUAUCGCUGCAAGACGGCGUUCGAGGCGGCGGACAAGUAUGGAUACCUGAUCGCCUUUGGACGGGCUUUCCUGGCGAACCCCGACUUACCCUUGCGAAUGAAGCAGUCGCUACCCGUCAACCCGCCCAACAGAGCAACAUUCUAUACACAGGGAGCAGAGGGCUAUAUUGACUAUCCUUUCGCUACGAACCUUCCCGGCAUAAUCAGCGCGGCUUAG